UAUCCUUGUAAUUAAUUAAAGAAAAGGAACAAAAUGAGAAGAAAAAUGAAAUCAAACUCCACACCUCUGUUUUUCCAAUCAAAACUCCUCUGUUUCUCUCUGCUCUACCUCUCAACCUCUCUCUUCUUAGCUCUCUACAUUUCCCUCUCCAAAACCAAAUGCCUAUUCAGAUCUUCACCAUUCGAGCCUCUUCACACACCUCUUUUCUCCUACCCUUCUUCUUAUGGAGAACACAAGUACGCAAUCUCAACCGUCCGUUCCACUUGUUCUUCCCCUGUCUUCUUCUCAGAUUAUUGGAAAGUAUUGAAGGAGAUUCAAGAUUUGUCCAAAGAUUCACCUCUGUCACCUUUGAAAUAUAUGCAAGGAAAGGCUGAGAGUUUUGGUGGGAAUUUUAGUGCCCAAAAGAGGUUUUCAUAUUUUGAUCAUCAUCAAAGCAAUGUGACAGAAAUUCCUUGUGGAUUCUUUAAGGAUUUUCCAAUUAGUGAUUAUGAUCGAAAUGAAAUGGAAAAUUGUAAUGGAGUGGUUGUGGUCUCAGCAAUUUUCAAUGACCAUGACAAAAUUAGACAACCAAAGGGGCUUGGAUCCAAAACACUUGACAAUGUAUGCUUUUACAUGUUCAUUGAUGAUGUAACACUCACAAGCCUAAAGCACCACAAAUUACUUUCACAAAACCACCCUGAAAACAGAAUCGGUGCAUGGAGAAUCGUCGAAGUUUUGAGCAAAGAUUUGUAUGAGAAUCCAGCUAUGAAUGGAGUUAUAGCUAAGUAUUUAGUUCACAGGCUUUUCCCAAAUGUGAAAUUUAGUAUUUGGGUUGAUGCCAAGUUGCAAUUGGUGGUUGAUCCUUUGCUUUUGAUUCAUGGGCUUGUUGUGUCACAGAAAGUAGAUAUGGCCAUUUCAAAACACCCCUUUUAUGUUCACACCAUGGAAGAAGCCAUGGCUACCUCAAGGUGGAAAAAAUGGUCGGAUCUUAGUGGUUUGAGGACACAAAUGGAAACAUAUUGUGAGUUUGGUUUGCAGCCAUGGAGCCCUAACAAGCUUCCCUACACCUCAGAUGUACCAGAUAGUGCUCUUAUAAUGAGAAAGCAUGGAUUGAAGAGCAAUCUAUUCUCUUGCCUAUUGUUCAACGAGUUGGAAGGUUUUAACCCAAGAGACCAACUGGCUUUUGCAUUUGUUAGAGACCAAAUGAGACCAAAGUUGAAAAUGAACAUGUUUGAGGUGCAAGUGUUUGAGCAAAUUGCAGUGGAAUACAGGCAUAACCUCAUAAAGUUUUCAAGUCAUGAUAAUAUGACCAUUAUUGGAGGCUCUCAAUCUCAAUCUCAAUCUCAUUCUCAUACCAAAAGGUCAAAAAUAAUUAACCCUUCACUUGAUUUGAUCAACUAUGGAAGUAACAAGUGCCAGAACUACCUUUCCAAGAUGUGGGAUGAAUCUCAAUCCCAUGAUUGAUUUUGUCUCUACCAUAAAUAUAUAUAUAGACUUUUAAAGCAUAAAUUUGACUAAAGCUUUCUUCCCUUUUUUUAAUUGUAUAUUUAAGCUUGUUUUAUUGUUCUUUUUCACCUUAGAAUUAGACUAGUUUUGCUUUCACUUUCACAAGCCUUUAUUUAUUGUAAAAAUAACACACAGUAUCCAUUUUAAGUAAUCAUCUUUCAUUUUCAUUUGUA